GUCGUGUUGUCUCUCACACUUAGCAAGCGUUUUCGUGCGCAGCACAUCUCGGACCAAGCUGGUAUAGAUAUCAUUCAAACCCAUCAGAAACCGUGGCUUAUAGGACUUGACAAGUGAUGUUUUCUUUUCACAAACCAUAUUAGCACUGGCAGCUCUAGCUAGCAAGCUGUCAGUCAAUCGUAAUUUACUUUCCCAUUAGCGUAUUUUGCAUAUUUUACUCCCGGGUUCAGGACAAGGCAGGAGAGGCUUGGAUUUCAAUGGAAACGCUGUCAAAAACACCCACUGCUGAUGCUACGCGGGAGAAGGUGCUCGGUCCACUACAACAACCACCAAAACCACCCAGUGGAGUUGUGUCUGACAGCCUGUCAUCUUACAAAGAAUAUCCUGCUCAUCGUCCCUUCAUCAACACGCUUGUGCAUCACACGCCACAAACACGCACACAUCAGUCCUGUCGUCCGUCUUCACCAAGCAAGGCAUUCCCAGAGACCAGCAGUGCAGCGAUCCUGUCUGCCUUGAGGAACCUGCAGGAGAAGAUCCGGAGGUUGGAGUUGGAGAAAGGACAAGCAGGACGCAGUCUGCACACUAUGGGGAAAGAUGCAUCACACCCUCCUCUGCAGGGUGAUGAAGCCACCCAGAGGCUCUUUAGUAGUCAGACAGGCACACACACAGAAAGAGACAUAAGUGGUCAGUCCAACUGCAAUCAAGUGUUAAUCACCCACCUGGCUGCUGCAGAGUCUCGCUGUGUGAAGCUGGAGCGACAGCUGGAUCACAUGAGGAAGAUGUUGCGCAGUGCCAAGGCAGACAGGACGAGCCUCCUCAAGCAGCAGGUUUCCAUGGAGACAGCAAAGUCAGCUAACCAACAGUGUGACACAGCGUUUGAGCAUGCCCAGUUGGAGAAGCUGGAGCGACUGGAGCAGGAGUAUCUUCGGCUGACUCGCACACAAAGCCACGCUGAGAUGAAGAUCCGGCAGCUGGAGAUGAAACUACAGGAGGAGGAGCACCAGAGAAAACUGGUUCAGGAUAAGGCCAAUCAGCUGCAGACGGGCUUGGAGGCCAACAGGAUAUUGCUGCAGUCGGUGUCACCAUGUCUGUCCAGCAGACAGUCCAAAGAGAAGAAGUCGUAUUCAGAGAAAUGUUCAGCACAGCAGGCGUCGUUCACGCAGCCACACUACAGACUGAGCCUCGGAGAUGUGCCUUUUGUUGCUGGAACGGUAUCAGUAGGCUGCAGCCAUUCAGUCCGAGCAAACGUCCAGUCAGUUUUGUCGCUCCUGAAGCGACACCAGCCACACCUGUGCAACAGCCGUGUCCUCUCUAACAACACAAACGGCUACGGGACAGGUAGUCGCAGGCAUUCAGACACUUCCUCUUCUUCCUCCUCUGCGAGUGGAGGAGAGCUGUCAGAGCUGCUGCAAGCACUACAGGAGGAGCUGCAACUCAUGAGCCUGGAGCAGGACGAGCUGAUGAGGCAGGUGGAGGCCAGUGUUUGUGAGCGGGAAAGAAAAGAACUUCAGAGGGAGCAGGAGAGGCUGCUGCUGAAAAUGGAGAGGAAAGGAGAGCAGAUCAGUAAGCUCUACAAGCAUAAAACACAGAUAAAGAAGUUGAGAAAGGAGGCCAGUAGUAGGUCAAACAGUGGGAAUGAGGUGAGGGUGACGACCAAAGUGACCACCAGAGGUCGCUCUGCUGGAGCAGUCAAAGUUAGACCAGGAGAGAGAAGCAAGAGAAACCUGAAGCUACUGAGGGACAUGAAGGCUCUGCAGACCUCAUUACGGACCUGAACUCCACGGGGGCCCAACCACAGCAUGUUGGGUUAAUCUUCUUGAUGCUAUCUACCUGCAUAUGGCCAUUAUGUCGCCAUCAGUACAACCCCUGACUGAUCAUCACUACAGAAUAUGGCAGACCAGUCUAUCUAAUCAGUUUGUGAACAUGUCACCUGUGAUCUCUUGAGGAAAAGUCAAAAAAUUUGCCUGGACUGAAGUCAGUUUUUAUGUUUUUUCUAAUCUUGAUGUUUGACUAUUGUACCAGCAGAGGGCGUGAAAGAUCCGAAGAGUGUGUUGGAAAACAAAUAUUAAAAAUUUCAUUUUCAUUUUAGUUUUUAGUGUGGUUAUCCGGACAUGGAAACAAGUUUGACAGUAAUGACAACUUGGACUUAACUGAGCUUUUAGGAAGCUAAAAUCUCAUGCUGCUUAAACAUUUCUGGAUUGUUUUUAAUAGUUACAAGUGCUCAGAUGUCAUAAAUAAUCAAAGUGGAUGCAGCAGUCUUAAAUAGUCCAAAAAAACUGCAGUGAUGAAAAUGUUUAGCAAAUAUUUCUCCAUUUUGAUUCGCCCAAUAAUGUGAUGAAGUAUCUAAAAAGUGCACUGUGUUCUGUUUGGUUCACUGAAUCCCCUUGACUGAUGUGUCACAUCGCAGACGUGUGAUAUGAGCAGAACAUUUGUAAUUAUUUCGACAAAUAAACAUAGUUGGAUUUUUGAGAUUUUUUUGACAAUCAUAGUUCAUCUAUAUUUGAGUGAAAAUGAGAAAUAAAGUAUGCUCAAAACAAA